GAUACUUCAAGGUCAAAACCGGUUUCAGAUUUCGGCUUUCUUACCCUGUUUUCUCUCCCAAAAGCAACAAAAUGGGCAGGAAAUUUUUCGUCGGUGGUAACUGGAAGAUGAACGGCUCUAAAGCCUCCAUCAGUGCACUUGUUGACAAUUUAAAUAAGAAUGGCGUAGUGGAGACAACAGAGGUUGUUGUGGCACCACCACCAGUCUAUCUUGAUUUUACAAGAGAGAAACUCAACAAAGCCUUCGGAGUAGCGGCGCAGAACUGCUACAAAUGUGCGUCGGGAGCAUUCACUGGGGACAUCAGCCCAGAGAUGAUCAAAGACUGUGGCUGUGAGUGGGUCAUCUUGGGACACUCGGAGAGGAGACACGUCUUUGGAGAGUCGGACCAGUUGAUCGGUGAGAAAUGUGCCUACGCUCUUAAAGCUGGUCUCAAAAUCAUCCCAUGUAUUGGAGAGAAAAAAGAGGAGAGAGAAGCUGGAAAGACUGAGGAGGUUUGCUUCAGGCAGCUAGAAGCAAUUAAGGCUAAUGUUAACGACUGGAGCAGAGUAGUCCUGGCCUAUGAACCUGUGUGGGCUAUUGGCACAGGGCUGACAGCGACCCCAGAGCAAGCUCAGGAGGUACAUGCCCAGCUCAGGAAAUGGUUGGCAGAUAACAUCUCAGCUGAGGUAUCGGCUAAUCUUAGGAUUCUUUAUGGAGGUUCUGUCAACGCCAAAAACUGCAACGAACUAGCAGCUAAGCCAGACGUGGAUGGCUUCCUAGUCGGUGGUGCAGCUCUGAAACCCGAAUUCAUCGAAAUUAUCAAGUCCGGAAAAAAUCAAGCUUAAGACAAUAUCCUAUCAAUAUCAGGGUUCAGGGAAGGAAGACGCAGGCUCCUGCCAUUGUCGUAGAUUAAUUAAACCAUCUGAAAAAUUACAAUUGUUUGCUGUAACUUUACUACUCUUUAUCGACUCAAAAUAUUUUUCUUGAUGGACAAAUACAUGUACAUGCAUGUCAAAAAGAUAUUUCUUUACCGCCCAAACGUUGUCUCAAAGUCAAAAUGAAAGUUGGGUUUCAGCAAACAAUAAUUUUUCGAGGACAGAAUUUUAUGUAUUGUACUUGCUGUAGAUUUAGGCUGUAGGUUGCAUUUCUCCGCUUUUGUGAUUGAACAGUUUUACUCUAACUCAUGCAUGUUGUGUGAGUUUAAAUGGGGAUAGUGAUUAGUUGAGGGGUUUCAUCACAUGUACAAUCUGAACUGUGUCCCUAAUUACUGGGACUCACUACUAGGAGUUUUUUUUGCGGCUACUUUAGUGCUUAUGUUGAAGAGGGAGAGUUUAAUAUCAUGUGCUAUUAUUCUAUUUAUUUUGUUUAUGAACUCUGAUUAAGUUUGGACAGAAAUGUUACUAAAACUGGACAGAAAGGUUACUACAUGCAUUCAAAAUGUAACUAUACCCAUGUGCACUUGACUUGGUGGUCACCACUCAUGUCUGAAUCAAGAUUGAACUGGAAAGUUCCAGCUUUAAAACAAGUGCCAACUGACUUAAACUUCUGCGUUACUUAUUUUAGAACUUUGUUUAUGGUGUAGAUAUGGGUCUGCUGAAUGGAAUACCUUUUGGAAGUUCAGGGUACACAAACAUAAGCAUCGUAACUUGGUCUAAUUAGCAAGAAACAGUACUUGUGACUUAAUUGAUUAUUUACCGUACAAUGUUGUAAUUAUAAGAGACGUUACCACUGUAUUAUUAUCGCAUUCAAUCCUAGAUUGAUGAUUAAAAAUGUCCUUACAUAAAAUUAGUGUGAUGCCC